AUGGAUGAUUAUUGUCAUCGUGAGAUGAUCGAUUGCUGUGAGCGCCCACUGACAUGCGAACUGAAGGGGCAAAUGUCUGCUGGGGAUAUCAUGCGCGUGAAGAAAUUAGAGCUCCAUUGGAAUAUUAGCGGUAUCAUAGACGGCACAGCGAAUCUGAUGUUCAUGAACCCUCCCCUCAAUCAGGUUUUUCCCAACAUGAUUAUUCUUGUUAUAUCCUUUGAUGAUUGGGAUAGAAAGCUAGCCAGUACCAAAUUUAACGAGACCCUGCAUGCAGAGAAGUUCUGCAGCGAGAUACGACGGAUGCUUCCCAACAUGAGAAGCAUCAUGCUAUCCGAUUGCUCUGCUUCCACGGAUCUUCCGUGCAGUUCGUUCAUUCGUGCUCUGCUUUCAGGCUUGUGUUCACAAGCAGCCUCAAUCGAUUUCCGCGAACCGUGGCAACCGAAUCUCAAUAUUAUCCCUUUCAGCAGAACCGACAUACGCAGCCUAUCACUCAACAUCCUGAGCACAGAUUCACCAGCUAUCGAGAUGAUCCACCGCAACGCACCCUCGCUUGAGUAUAUUGGUAUCUCUAGCGACUCACACAAGGUGUUUACCAAAACCAUUUGCUCUGACGACAAUACACCAAUAGUGUACCCACGCGUUCGGUCCCUUCAGAUAUCCUUUAGCUCAUACCUUGUCCCUGGUGGUUCUAUAUUCCUUGAUUCGCCAGAUGGCGCCCCCUUUCCAGCCCUGGAGAAGCUUGAGUGUGAACAGGUCUACCCGUUCAGCAACGAUAUACUCUUCAAGGGAAACAGUAAAUCGCUUGCAAGCCUAAAGCUUGAUUUGGACACACGAUCUGUCUCAGUCUUAAACAGGCACAGUGUUUUUAGCGCUAGCCGGUUCCCCGUACUGGAAUAUCUCAAUACACGGAUAUCGCUUGGUGAUGCGGAUGUCACCCUCAAUGAGGAUACCAGGUCGGUCCUCCUCUUGGGCGCAAAAGCUCAGAUCAUUAAAAGCGUCUCAGCUUACUGCGAUUUCGACCAACUGGGGAUUUCGAUUGAUAGCUUUGGGCAUAAUAUCACCAUCCUCGACAUCCCGACCAUUCGAUUCACUCUCCGGUGGACUGUUCAGCUGAUAAAGGUAUUGCCCUUUUUACGACGGAUGGCAACUGGAAUCGAGAUCACCGAUGGGCUGCGUAGCGCUGACCAGACGCAUAGCAGGUGCAUUGGCAAGUGCCGCCAUAGCUGGGGAUUGGACGAUCUGUCCAGUGGUGGUACAGAAGGACCGGUGGAUACAGAAACAGAUGAUGGCUUGGAAAAUACCAGCGACAUAGGCAGCGGCAAUUCAAGAGAUAGCUAUGACCGGUAUUACAACGGUGGCUGCAGCUGUAACGAUCUCCUUUGUGAGUUCCUGUUCGACCAUUUAGACAUUGUCUACUCAGAAAUGGAUUUCAUGGAUGAGAUCUAUACAGAGUGCUACCCUCUGUCCACUACUCUGACCAUUUUGAACAAAGCAUAUGACGACAGUGAGCCGAUAGCUAGUUCGAAGAUGGUUGCCAUUCUCAUCGUGCUCUGUCCCAGUAUUCAGCGGGUACAAACCAACUGGCUAGAGGACAAACGAAGUGGCUGCUCCAUGUUUACACCAGAUACAUUUAUUGCUCGAGCUGACGUGGAAGAAACAAGGCACCAUGCAAACCUCAUGCAUCACCUUGAGCGUGCUGGUUCUGGUACUCUAUAG